GGGUGAGCCGGCCAUUGAGUUCAUGUCGUUGGAGUAGUUCUGCGAGAUGGUGGGAGACAGGACCCCGGACUGGAACGCUGCACUCACUGCGUCAUGCUCGUCCAGGAGCUGCUGCAGCGCGCGGAUGUACUCCACGGCAGAUCUCAAGGUCUCCACUUUGCUCAUCUUCUUGUUCGCCGCGCCGUUGGGGACGUGUUCUCGGAGCGUGGCGAAGCCGUUGUUGACGAGCUUCACCCGGUUCCGUUCCCUCUCGUUGCGCCGAGCCACAGCGUGCGGUUGCUGUUGCGGCAGGCUGUAGCCGAAGCCUGCGAAGUUGAGCCUUCUCUUGCAGCGCAGCAGCUCCGGGGAGGACGAGCGCUGGCGUUUGACCGGCUUGACCGCCGAUUUGCUGCUGCACGGGCUGCCGGUCGGGCUGAGCUGGAUGCUCUGGGAAGCCGUGGCGAAGAAGCACGCGGGUGGCAUGAACUGCUGCUGGUUAAUGCUUAUUUCCAUCUUCGCCGUGAUGUCCAUUCCGUGACGAGCAGACAAAAACCGGAGUUUGCGGCAGUGCUGAAAGAAACGGUGCGGUUUGGGAGUGCCCAGUGGCCGCGCGUCGCGCUCGUGGCGUUCACGUGUGGCUUUAUGCGCUCGCGCUUGCGGUUUUGUAUGGGCAGCGUGGCGUGGACUCCAGCCUGGCGAACCCUCCGACCUGCUCUGAGACGUGAGAGGGUGGCAGCAGGCCUUUUCAAUACACUGGCAGCCCCACGCGCUCCCACUGACCACGCCUCCACUUGUAUUCUCCUCGAGCUGCGACGCGGCUGCAAUGCGUACGCCGGGCGCGUGCCGCUCCUGCCACUGAAUAAACAACUUGCUGAUUCUAUGUACCUAGAAGAGAAAAGCAACAAACCCGGCAUCCUGUCUUAUAUCUUCUCCCUGAAAGAGGAGGUGGGGGCCCUGGCUAAAGCCCUCAGGCUGUUUGAGGACAAAGGGAUCAACCUGACGCAUAUCGAGUCACGUCCAUCCCGCAUAAACAAGCACGAGUACGAGUUCUUCAUCAGUCUGGACUCGGCCUGCUCCAAAGACCUGGACGAGGCCAUCAGGAGCCUACGGGAACAGAUCAGCGGCCAAGUGCACGAGCUGACACGCAACAAGCAGAAAGACACAGUGCCGUGGUUCCCCACUCACAUCCAGGAUCUGGACCGGUUCGCCAACCAGAUUCUGAGCUAUGGAUCUGAACUGGAUGCCGAUCACCCUGGCUUCAAGGACCCAGUGUACCGGGCCCGACGAAAGGAAUUUGCUGACAUUGCCUACAACUACAGACACGGCCAGCCCAUCCCGCGGGUGGAGUACACGGAGGAGGAGCGUGCCACCUGGAGCACCGUGUUCAGGGAGCUGAAGACUCUCUACCCAACACACGCCUGCCAUGAGCACAACCGUGUGUUUCCACUGCUGGAGAAGUACUGCGGUUACCACAAGGACAACAUCCCACAGCUGGAAGAUGUUUCCAAAUACCUGCAGUCAUGCACUGGUUUCCGCAUCCGUCCUGUGGCUGGCCUUCUGUCUUCUCGAGACUUCCUGGCUGGUCUGGCCUUUAGGGUGUUCCACUCCACCCAGUACAUUCGCCACAACUCCAAACCCAUGUAUACACCUGAGCCGGACGUCUGUCAUGAACUGUUGGGUCACGUACCUUUGUUUGCAGACCUGAGUUUCGCACAGUUCUCACAGGAAAUUGGCCUGGCUUCCCUCGGGGCGCCGGAUGAGUACAUUGAGAAGCUCGCUACGGUCUACUGGUUCACUCUGGAGUUCGGACUUUGCAGGCAGGGAAACGACCUCAAGGCCUACGGAGCGGGCUUGCUCUCAUCAUUUGGGGAGCUGAAAUACUCACUGACUGACACGCCCAAGAUCCUGCCGUUUGAGCCGGAGAAGACGUGCUUGCAGAAGUACCCCAUCACUGAGUUCCAGCCGGUCUACUUCGUGGCCGACAGCUUCGAGGAUGCCAAACAGAAAGUCAGGAGGUUUGCAUCCAUCAUCCCUAGACCGUUCUUUGUGCGUUACAAUGCUUAUACUCAGAGCAUUGAGGUUCUGGACAGCACACAGCAACUGCAAAACCUGGCUGAAAGCAUCAGCGGUGAGAUGGGAAUUCUGUGCAGUGCUCUGCAGAAGAUGGAAUAGGACAGCAAGACAGCUGCAAGACCUUUCCCAAUGCUUGGGGGACGGAAGUGGUGUGGAAGUGGUUAAAUUUUUGUGCAGGAACGUAAAUGCUUUUCAAAUAAAGUUUUAAAGGUGCCAUAGACUCACACAGAGCAACAAGGUGGAAGCGUGAGAGAGAGUGAGAAAGAGAAAGGGAGAGCCAGAGAGGGAGAGGGAGAGAGAAAGAGAGAGAGAGAGAGAGAGAGAGGAGGGGGGGAGAGGGUUGAGUAUGCAAAUUUUCGUAAUGUAUUCUUGUAGAUAAUAUGUAUAGUCUAGCAUCUUAGGGUUAUCUUCACUUUCUAGGUCCAAAUACCUGUAGUAGUUUUUAGAAUAAUAACCAAAGUUUGGUAAUAACAAUUUAUGUUACUCGGUUAAAUGUUCUCUAGUUAAUUUUUUGACCUUUUUGAAGUAAUUACCUUUAAGAAGAUUUACUUUCUUAACCAUAAAAUGCCGUUUUUUAUUAGAGCGUUUUACUGUUCUGUUACUACAGUGGCACACUGCAUUUCUAAUGUUCUAACGUACUCUAACAUAAAUUCGUAUCUUUUACUCUCUAUUCCUGGCCUUUAGUAAAUGUUCAGUCUGUCACGGCUAACAGUGGAUAGAACAUUUCAGUCCUUUCGAAAAUAAAUUGGGGCGGAAAAAAGAAGAUUCAGAAGAAAUAAAGAGGAGUUUAUGGUUAGCGUUUAUGGCUAAUUUAACGGUAUAUAUCCAAGCUAUGUUCUUCCUGCGUUUAUUUCAGGGAAGCGGUUAUACUCAUCAUUAAAGACUCAUAAUUAUAUAUUUUAUCUAGCUAUAAUUGAGUUGGGUGAGCCAUUAAAUAAGCAGAUUUAAAUUUAAAUGUCCUCUAUUAUAUACACUAGCAAGCAGCUUUGGCUACACGGCGCUAACGAAUCGGUCAAUAUUAACUACUCCGAGAGUAAAUAAAGCAGUGACUCCCUACAAGAUCAUCUCACUGUUUAAUAAUCGUGUGGAAUUACGCCGAAUCUUACACGACACCGUUCCACCGAGUUUCCUUUUCAUUUUAGCUUGCUAAAGUUUUCUGUUUGUAUAGCCUGUUUUGUUUAGUCGGGAAUGAUCACAACUAAAAUUGUAAUGAAUUAGUGCAUGCUUUUUAUUUCAA